UGUUUUCUACUUGAGCGAUAAACGUUAUAAAAUCUUCUGGAUCGAAUUGACAUUGCAUAAGUAGACCCACGAACACUGUAUAAUUCUUCAAAUGUUUACUUCUCAUAAUGCAAUCAUGAUCACGCUGACGUGUCCGUGAUAAUGCUGUGUUUGAUACAAAGAGCUUAUUUCGAACAAUACGAUACGCUGCAUUACACUGUUUUGACCAAUUUGUUUAUAAAACCGAUACUAUACAUUUAGAAUCAUUCGAGAAGCAAUUUUGCCAUCUAAAAGCCACAUACGACAAUUAGUAUCAAAGGCACACUAACGAUGAGUGUUCAUUGUUUCCCACGUUUUUUCAAGAAAAAAAUAUUGGGAUUAUUAUUAUUAUUAGGUUCUUCUUUUCUCCUUGUUGGUGCAGUUAAUAGAGAUACAUUUAAAACAUGUGAGCAAAGUAGUUUUUGUAGACGAUGCAGAAAAGUUGAACCUGGGAAAACGCCCUACCAACUUUUAACAGAUACAUUAACUCAGAAUGAAUCCAGUAUAAAUGUGGACUUGUUUAAUAAAGAUACAAGAGUCCUUUAUAUACUGCAGUUAACUGCACUAAAGGAAAAUACAUUUAGGUUGCAAAUAAAUGAAAAGAAUCCAUUACAUCCAAGAUAUUUACCUGAGUAUGCUCUUCAAGAUCAACCACAAACUUCUAAAUUAACUUUGGUUGAGAAAACUGCAGAUCACGUUACUAUAACAAAUGAAGGAAACAAAGUUGUACUGUAUGCCAAUCCAUUUAGAGUGGAUUUAUAUUCUCAGGAUAUAUUGGUUGCCUCUGGAAAUGCAAGAGGUUUAUUAAGAUUUGAGCAUCUCCGUACAAAACCCAAUAAACCAGAACAAGAGGAAAAUUCAGAAAACGUUGAGGUAGCUAAAAAUAACAAUGAGGCUCCAGGUGAUGGUUCAGAGAAUGAUCCAGGUGCUUGGGAAGAAAAUUUCAAAACUCACCAUGACGCAAAACCUUUUGGUCCAGAGGCAAUUGCUUUGGACUUCAGUUUUCCUGGAGCGGAGUAUACAUAUGGAGUGCCGGAACAUGCGGAUUCUUUUGCUCUAAAAUCUACAAAGAAUAAUCAUCCUUAUAGAUUGUACAACUUAGAUGUGUUUGAAUAUGAGACCAAUGAAAGGAUGGCACUUUACGGGGCCAUACCUGUGCUUUAUGCUCACGGCAAAGAGCGAACGACUGGUAUCUUUUGGCAUAACGCUGCAGAAACAUGGGUCGACAUUUUAUCAAGCGCCGACAAUAACGUUGUAGAAAGUAUCGUAAACUUCGUAUCUGGCUCUAAAAAACCACAAGUGGAUGCACACUUUAUGUCAGAAUCUGGUGUAAUGGAUGUAUUCUUCAUGUUGGGUCCCAAACCUUUAGAUGUAUUCAAACAGUACACUGUUUUAACGGGUACAGCACCUCUACCACAAAUGUUUUCUUUAGGAUAUCAUCAAAGUCGUUGGAAUUACAAUGAUCAAGAUGAUGUUCUACAAAUAGCAGAAAAUUUUGACGUACACGACCUACCUAUGGACGCUAUAUGGCUGGAUAUAGAGUACACCGAUAGUAAAAAAUAUUUCACAUGGGAUGAACGAAAGUUUCCAAACCCAAUUGAAAUGAUACACAAUUUAACCGCAAAAGGUAGAAAAUUGGUGGUCAUCAUAGAUCCGCACAUUAAACGCGAUACCGGUUACUUCCUCCACAACGACGCCACUAAAUUAGGCUAUUACGUUAAAACAAAAGAUGGAAAAGACUAUGAAGGUUGGUGUUGGCCAGGUGCAGCAUCAUAUUUAGACUUCUUGGAUCCAGCGGUACGGGAAUAUUAUAUGAGUCUGUACAAUUUGGAUAAAUUCCGUGGUACCACUAAUGAUGUAUAUAUUUGGAAUGAUAUGAACGAGCCAAGUGUAUUCAACGGCCCCGAAGUUUCUAUGCUCAAGGAUGUAAUACAUUAUGGUGGCUGGGAACACAGACAUAUUCAUAAUUCGUACGGAAUCUAUAUGACCAUGUCUACGUACGAGGCUUUGUUCAGAAGAUCAGGCGGUACUUUACGGCCGUUUAUAUUAACGCGAUCCUUCUUUGCUGGUUCCCAACGUUACUCAGCUAUGUGGACUGGCGAUAAUACAGGGGAGUGGGAUCAUCUUCGUAUAAGUUAUCCGAUGUGCCUCACGUUAGCUGUUUCGGGAUUUUCUUUCUGCGGAGCGGACGUAGGAGGUUUCUUCAAGAAUCCAGACACCGAACUAUUCAUUAGAUGGAAUCAGGCUGCAGCUUGGCUUCCUUUUUACCGUCAACAUUCACAUAUCGAAACUAAACGACGUGAACCUUGGACGUUUAACGAAGAAACUACGCAAAUCGUUCGAGAAGCUCUUAGAAUGAGAUAUUCAUAUCUGCCAUUAUGGUAUACACUCUUCAGAGAACACGAAGUAAACGGCACUCCAGUGGUGCUACCAUUGUGGGCUCAUUAUCCAAGUGAAACAAAGACGUACGCUAUUGAUGAUGAGAUAUUGAUUGGAGAUUCUAUACUUAUACGUCCAGUCUUUCAACCUGCUGUCACAGAUGUUAACGUUUAUUUCCCUGGAGAAGGCAAAGUAACUUGGUAUGAUGUUGAUACCAUGCAACCAUAUCAGCAACCAGGUUUAGUCAAUAUUCCCGUAACUUUACACAAGAUACCAGUAUUCCAAAGAGGCGGUUCUAUCGUUCCACGUAAAAUGAGAAUACGUCGCAGUACAGUAGCCAUGAAGAACGAUCCAUACACCUUGAUAGUUAUCGCAGAUUCUGCUGGUAGAGCUAAUGGCACGCUGUACAUUGAUGACGAGGCCAGUUUUGAAUAUCGUCAUGGAAAAUACUUGUAUUUAGUGCUCAAUUUUGAAGGAAACAAAUUAACUUCAAUGUUCAUUGACAAAUUAGCUUCAUAUCAGACUGAAAGCUGGUUGGAAAGGGUAGAUAUUACAAAUCCACCAAAGGGAGUUAAAUCAGCUGUGCUGACGUCACAUAAUUUGGGCAAAGUUAAUUUGGAGACUAAGUACAACCCAAAUAACAAUGUAUUAACCGUGCGUAAACCUGGUGUAAAUAUGGGAGAAGAAUGGACUAUCGAAUUAAUCCAUUAGAAUUACAGUUUACUCAUUGUAAAUUCAGCAGUCAUACAGUAAUGCCAGUUUUCUAUUAUUCGUACUUUUUUCAGCUAUCUGUGAUCAAAAUGUCAUUGUAUACUAAUAACAAGACGAAUGCAAAGUUACUUCUGUUUGAUCAGUAAAUGAUAUGAAUCUAUUAUUUAGUCUUUAAAGCUUAUAAUUAUGCAUGUUAACUUUGAUAAAACAUAUGUAUUAGAGAUAGAAACAUUAAAUACGUUCUUAUAAACAAA